UUGGCGCAUCUCGUUUGUUGUUAUCAGAGAUGAGCACAUCCAUAGCUACAAGUGACCGAUGUUUAGCUGUUUUUUGAUCGUCUGUGUUUUUAAUGUCCAUUUAAAAGUAUUCUAUAAGACUAAGUAUUAUUGGAUGUGCUACCUUUGACAAUAGUAUCGGGGAAGGGUUUUAAACAUGAGGAGACCCCCGAAGCUACUUCAUUACCGUUGAGCUAACUGCUGGCUGCCGUGUCUUCGGUGUUGGUGUCAAAUUUAACUGGUUGCACACCCAGUAUUUUUAAAGGGCUUCAUUACAGACAUGCACCCGUCAUCCCGACAGGACUAUGUUUCUAUCAGCUUCACUGGACACGGAAGUGGAAGUUACAACAACAGUAAGCAGUGGAGAAGACGGUCCUGCUGGAGGAAAUGGAAGCAACUAUCCAGGCUGCAGCGGAGCCUCAUUCUCUUCAUUCUUGUCCUCGUGUUCAUUUGUGGAAUAGCUUCUUUUCCUACGGUUACUGAACACCUCAGAGGCCUUACAGAUGGAGUGAAAGAGACAGACAGUAACAGCUUGCCGCAGCCCUUCAUUCCUCCGGUGUUGCCUGAGGCUCUUCAGCAGGGCCAGCCACCGCUGCCAGAACAACCCUCCCAGAGAAAAUUAUCUAACAAGAGAGGCCCACCUCUCCUUCAGAAUCAUCUUCAGAGGAAAAGAAAUGCUUCAGAUGUAGUCAUUGAAGACAAGGCAGCUGGCAGCAAGAAGGAAGGAAAGGAGGUGGAAAAAGGAGUGAUCAGUACUGCUGAGGUAGCAAUUGAGAAUCAAAGAGAAGUUGAAGCUAACAAAGCCAGGGAUAAGGAGAACAAGGAUGAUCACCCUGCCAACCAGCAAGUCAAACCCUCCAAUGAGUCGGACACCAGCUGGUUGGAGGAAGUGCGGGUUUCUUUCAGACAUGCAUGGAAGGGCUACAAAGACUUUGCUUGGGGCUACGAUGAGCUCAGGCCCAUCUCUAAGUCAUACAGCGAGUGGUUCGGCCUGGGUUUGACACUCAUUGACGCCCUGGACACCAUGUGGAUCCUUGGACUUAAAGAAGAAUUUGAAGAAGCAAAGGCGUGGGUGGCUACAGAACUCACGUUCAACAAAAAUGUAGAUGUCAACCUGUUUGAAAGCACCAUCCGCAUCCUGGGAGGCCUUCUGAGCACCUACCAUUUGACCGGAGACGCCAUCUUCCUUGACAAAGCUAUAGACAUAGGCUCCAGGCUGAUGCCAGCAUUCAACACACCAUCUAAGAUCCCCUACUCUGACGUGAACAUUGGGAAAGGUACAGCCCACCCCCCUCGCUGGACCUCAGACAGCACUGUAGCCGAAGUCACAAGCAUCCAGCUGGAGUUCAGGGAGCUGAGCCGCCUCACCCAGGAGCCACAGUACCAGGCUGCAGUGUCAGAGGUUAUGAAACGGGUCCACGACCUGGAUGGCAAGCUUGAUGGCCUUGUGCCCAUGUUCAUCAACACAAACAACGGACAGUUCACCCAUCAAGGCAUCUACACCCUGGGAGCCAGAGCAGAUAGCUAUUACGAAUACUUGCUGAAGCAGUGGAUCCAGGGAGGCAAGAAGGAGAACCAACUCUUGGAGGACUAUCUUCAGGCCAUAGAAGGUGUAAAGAAGAACCUGUUGCAGAAGUCUUCACCUAAUGGCCUCACCUUUGUUGGAGAGGUCUCACACGGACAGUUCAGUCCCAAAAUGGACCAUCUGGUGUGUUUCCUGCCUGGCACUCUGGCCCUCGGCGCUUACAACGGUUUGCCUGCUGAUCACAUGGACCUGGCCAAGCAGCUGAUGGAGACCUGCUACCAGAUGUAUGCCCAGAUGGAGACAGGCCUCAGUCCAGAGAUCGUACAAUUCAACAUGCAUGUAGGAAGCAUCCGGGACAUUGAUGUAAAGCUCGCUGACAGACACAACCUCCUCCGACCAGAGACAGUAGAGAGUCUCUUCUAUCUGUAUAGGUUUACAAAGGAUCACAAGUACCGCGAGUGGGGUUGGAAGAUUCUCCAGAGCUUCAACAAAUAUACCAAGGUUUCCUCCGGUGGCUACACCUCUAUAAACAACGUCCGUGACCCUGAGUACCCGAGCCCCCGAGACAAAAUGGAGAGCUUCUUCCUGGGAGAGACCCUGAAGUAUUUGUAUCUGCUCUUCUCAGACGACCCCGACCUCAUCAGCCUGGACCGAUAUGUCUUCAACACUGAGGCUCACCCCCUGCCCAUCUGGCCUUCCACCGCGUGACGCACGCACGCAUGAACAACGCACCGCAAGAAACUUCUCAGGGUCGGUCUGACACCAACAUGAUUCCUCUGUCUUCAGUGUCGGAACGCGGCUCUGAACUCAGAGCGCAGAUGGAAAAAGCCUCCGAUGUGCACUAUUUACCGAGUUCACUUCCGUUUAUGGCCAAGCCUUUUUUAUUUAUUUGACUGUUCAUUUUAGUUGCAUGAACGUCUGGUGACAGUGUUUGAUGCUGGAGAAACUAGGGAACGUUUCUGUUCUCUAAAAACCCAGAUAUGAGGACGAGUGUUUGUCAGGACACUCGUCAGAGGUGUUAAAAGUCAUAUGACUAGUAAGUAAGACUUUUGAUGUCAGAAAAGAUUUCCUAAACCUUUACCUUCCAGUCUUAUUUUAUACCUGUACGUUAUGCUAUAUUCUUUAGCGUGGACAUGUUUGUAAAAGAGCAUUUAACUCCUUGUGAACAAAGCCAGUAAUGGAGUAUCUGCCCUGGAGCUCUGACCCCAGGGCUGACAGGCUGGUUGCCUUCGUAGCGAAACAUUCCCCGACAGACAGCAGCUGUCUGGACUGGAACCAAUCCCACCUGCGGCCUGACCACUCCUGCUGUGAAGAAGCCGAUUCCUCCUUACACUAUGUGUUACACAGUCAUCAAGGGCUCUGGAUGAAGCUAUGCUCAGAUGGCUGAGCCUCCUGGCAGUGCACAAUCGAGUCCAUAUGUUCGCUGUCCCGUGCUGCAUUCAUGUCACACAGGAAACGUGACCUUCUUAUCACGUUGAUAAGGAUCCCACUCUGUCACUAGAGGACGUGUUCUCACUGCAGUGUGGUUCAUGUCAGACCGGCCAGUCAAGUGCUGCUGCAGAAGCUCCAUGUACUUUCAGGUAGUUCAAGUUUGGAGUUUAUUUGAUUUUCAGUUUAAAAUGCUGUUGUUAUUCAUGUAAACCUGGAAGUUUUUGGAGGUGAUAGCAGAAACGAAUCAAGGUGUUCUCUUUAAACCUUCCAACCUUUCCCGUGUGUGUCUUCCCUCGUGACAUAAAUGCAGCACUUCUUCUACUUCGGAUCAUGUGACCUUGGUUCUCAUUACAGUUGUUGCCAAGCAGCAUAUUCUCUCCAACUGUGAAGCGUUUCCUUCCUGGGGGCGGUCGUGGGUUUCUAGUAUCUGUAAUUGUUUUGUGUUUUGUUUGGACUGAACAGCUGCUAUUUUCAAUGAGUGUCAUUGUUCUGGAUGAGAUGUAAAGAAUACUGUUAUUUUAAAUAUAAAUGUAGCGUAAUAUAUUGCUUUGUAGUGUAUUUUUAAAGUUGGAAUUACAAGGUUCAGUUAAUUCAGUUUUAGCAGCUGCGGCUUGAGAAGAAACAACAGUCAUUCUGUAAAUAACCACGUUUCUGCCAUCGUAGCUGUUGAUUUUAAGGAACGUUUAACUUUGUUUCUAGCCCAAACUCCUCUUGUAUGUUCGGUGGAUGUUUUCCUCAGGUGAGAACUUUAAUGUUGCUUCAGACAACAUUGAAAAGACAGCAGUCUGUUAAUGUCCAUGCAAGCUACACGUGCAUACUGUUUGUUGCCAAUUUGCUACAGAACGUGGUCAGUGUGAUCACCGCAGAUUAUUUUUACAGUGAAAAAACGAUUGAUAUUUUUCCAGCAGCCCCUCAAAGCAGUCAGAAGGGUUUACACAAAGCUUAUCUGUACCAUUGUAUUUUAAUCCUGCCUUCAAGUGCUCUGUGGUCCUUCCCUGGAUGUAUUUCUGCAUAAUUCCUGAGCCAAAGACGUACUGGAGAGCGGACCCUGCUGUUGAAUUCUCCUUCUUUCCAGGGCUUGAGGAGUUUGCCAGCGUGGAACCAUAAACAGCCAUUUUAUACCACAUUAGGUUUUUAGUCAGAUGAUUGUUGCUAUGAAGUGGACUAAGUGCUUGUCAUAUACUGUCGUGCGUGUUCAAGUGGUAUGAAAGUACAUUUGCGCCUGUGUGUUUUCUCAUUAUGUUUUAUUUCCUGUGAACAGACACAAAGUUUUAUCAUUUUAUGUCCCUUAAAUGUCCUUUAGCAAAGGCAGGAGCCAUCACUCUCCCCUGUGGGCCUGGAAGACUGUGGGCUGUGCAAACAUUCCUUUUUCACUUGGAGAACAGCUGUGGUUUUCCUGAAUUGGUCCUUAAAUACUCAAACUGUUGAUGCAAAGAGCAAAGUAUCACGCUUUACAGCUCUCCAUCAGGUCCACAGAGGACGUGUUUAAUGAAUGUUAUUUUAUUUUUAUUUUUAUUUAACUUUCCCAAGAACAAAAAGACUGUUUGAUGUCACCUUGUGUAUUGUAAAUGCUGGAGUGGCUUUAAUUUUGUAAAACUUGUUGAAUUAAAGAGAAUUUAUUGAACAGAAA